GAUAAUUUGGCAGGUUGUGUUUGCCGCAGUAAAUUAUUUAUGAACGUUAUGCGUGACGCAUGAUGCAGUCAACUCGAUUGUUAUCUAAGUCAAUAACCGGUGGUUGUCGGGCACAGAUUUUACCUACAGAUGCCGCUAUCUUCUAAACGCAUCUAUCUGCACCUGACUCUUAAUGAGGUAAGGUACUUGGACGAGUAUCUCACUUCCAAUGGUUCUCAUUUGAGUGUGAAAUUUAACCAAAAGAUACAACGCGCAUACGCGAUACGUGCUGACACAUACAUCUCAUACUCACAUUCGGAUAUGUGUGCGAGUAUCUAAAAUGUACAUGCAGAAUAAGUAAGCAAGCCCACCUCGAACUGUUCCAUAUCGGAAAAGAUAGCCACUUUUUGUUUAUUUGUUGCUCAAAUAGUUUUGUGUUACGUCCGCUUUGUAGUGUGCGCGAUGUAUCGUACCGUGUAUUAAAUAUAUAUGUGAUAUAGAUUUUACUUUGUAUAUUUCUAUUAAAAAUAGAUUUAAGUCAAAGUAAUUGAAAAGGGAUCUCAUUAAGUGUUCAUAAGUUUGUUAAAUAAUUGCAUAAAAGAAGAUCCUGAAUUAAUGGCAUUUGAAAUAUCUCGAAGCUAAUUUCAGCUGCUUGGUUGUUUACCUAGCGUAGAAAGGACAUGUUUUCUGUCAUAGGUUCUCGAUAUGUUCAAUAAAAUUUCAAAAGACAUUUGCUGCUCGGAAAUUUGGUUGAAAUUAAUUUAUAUAGUGACCUCCAGUACCUUCGCGCGUGGAGGGGCUUUGAGUGGUACCCUUGAUAAAGGGUAUGAGUUUACGUGAUUACAAUCACUGGAAGCGCGUCAAACUUGAGAAUUAUCCAAGGGGAAACGUCAAAUUCCGUAGACGUAGAGUCAAACCACAGGUGUAUGUAUAAAAAAAAGUUUCAACUCUUAUGGUGAACGCUCGGAAGGGAAUACCAAAUUUUGAAAUACAAUAUUAAGGAUAUUGUUUGUUGAUUGUUAACUUUCUUCGAUAUAUAUAUAUAAAAAAAUUCUGGAUCUACCACAAAAUCCAGGUGUGCGGAAGAGUCGUCAGUGUUUUAAUAAAAAACAUGUCAAAAAGCUUAUUCAAAGAAAGAUUAUUUAGAACAACCAAGCAACUGUCUGAGAAGUUUCAAAGCAAAUGCAGAACAAAACGCGAAAUGAGAACAGUAUUUAUAAAAACCAUGACAUUUUUUAUCGUAUAGAAUGAAAGAAACGGAUGGUGUAUAGUAAUGCAGAGGAAAAAAUGAGAAUAUUUAUAUCAACGAAGACUAUGGGAAUGCCAAGUGAACCGCACAUAACUCUAAUGCAACGAAAUUUUUAUAUUUUGCUUAAAAGAAGCUGGAAGCUAGCCUAGCAACAAAGUAUAUACACACUUCAAAAUAUGGAAGCUGAAUUGUAAAUUGGGAUAUUUGAUAGUAUUUUUAGGGGUCUUUGUAAAAACUGAAGGAAACUCAGAGACUUGGAAAAGCUUUUAAAUUGGCGAUCUACAUAUAUGAACUAUAUAUGUAUGUAUAUAAAAUCUAUGAAUAAAUAAGAAGAAUGGCGUUACAACAAAAUCGUAUUCUACGUUUCUUAAUGGUCUUGACGGCUGUCCUAUUAACGAUUUUCAUUUAUGCAUCAUACUAUUCAAAUACUGUAAUGACUUUGCCUGCGAGGUUACAUGCAUCUGCUUCAACUACAUUAUCACUUUCGGCCAACGUUCAAAAGCAACAUGCUAAGAAUAUAGUUGGUGGAAAUGCUAUUAUAAUUACGGAUAAAGGGCAUGGCGGCAAAAUUCUACAACAAUUAAACAAUGAUGAACUGAAUAAUACCAUGUAUCGGCUUUAUACAAACGAAAGUGCAGCAAGAUCAUCAUCACCUAUAAUUUCGAAUGCUAUAACAAACUUCAAUCAGAAACACUUUGAUGUCCUACCGAAUGUAACGUCGAAUUCUUCAUCAAGCGGCGUAGCACUGACGUCAAAUAUGAAAGUUUUAAAUGUAACGGCUGCUAAUCCUUUGCAUGCUAAAACGAAAACUAUAACAAACGCCAAUCAGAUUGAUCCAUUAAAAGGUGUACGAACUGGAGAUAUCUACGAGAGUGGUUAUCAAAAUAUUGAUCGACAAUUAUGCGCGGAAGAAGGUGCUCAUAUUAAAUUACUUGUGUUAAUAACAUCGGCGCCAAAAAAUCAGGAAGCUCGCCUCGCUAUACGACAGACUUGGGGGCACUAUGGAACACGUCGUGAUGUUGCUGUUGCCUUCGUUCUUGGACGCACCACGUCUCAGCAAAUGGAAGAUACGCUAAAUGCUGAAAGCAGUCUUUACAGCGAUUUGAUUCGAGGACAAUUCAUUGACAGUUACAACAAUCUUACCCUGAAAACUGUUUCAAUAUUAGAAUGGGUUGAUCGUUUCUGUCCGAAAGCAUUAUUUGUACUAAAAACUGAUGAUGACAUGUUUAUUAAUGUACCAAAGCUUCUAAUCUUCGUAGAUAAACAUCGUAACGAUAAGCGAACUAUAUAUGGGCGGUUAGCCAAAAAGUGGAAGCCUAUCCGCAACCAGAAAUCGAAGUAUUACGUUUCACCUAUCCAAUUUUCAUCAGCUGUUUACCCACAGUUCACAACAGGACCGGCAUAUUUGAUUACAUCAGAUGUUAUUCAUGAUCUAUAUCUAAAAUCCUUAGAGCAGACCUAUUUGAAACUUGAAGACGUUUACACGACAGGUAUCGUCGCGCAAUUGUUAAAUAUAAAGCGGGUACAUGUUAAUGAGUUUCUGAAUCGAAGGAUAGCGUUCAAUCCUUGCAAUAUUCGUAAAGCAAUUAGUGUACAUAUGAUCAAAAGUAACGAACAAUUUGAUUUGUGGAAAAAACUGUUAGACACAUCAGCGAAGUGUAAAUAGUGUUCACAUAUGUUUUCAUAGUGGCAUAACGGAUAUAGAUUACCAUAUGGUUUUCGUAUCAAAUAUUAUGUUUAGUUUUUUUUUCAAUAUGAUUAAAUAAAGACCAGCUCUUUACCAAAAGGCCAAGAAGAAAUAUUACAAGCACAUUAUAUGCAGCAAAUGUUAUGCAAGCCAUAUUUCUUUUCAGCUAAGUUUAAUCCUUUUUCCAUCCUUGUUCCUAACAAUGCAUUUUUUUUUUUGCUUGAAGCAAGCGCUUUUUCUAGAUUAUUUCAUUACUUGUAGAAUAAUAAAAAAUUGACGGCGGAUUAAUCCGGGGCACGGUGUGAUGGUUGAGAUGGUUAGGGCGUCAGCUUUACGAUCUCGACGUCGUGCCCGGGUUCGAAUCCCGGUUAUAAUCAUGGAUGUUUGUGAUUGUCUAGGGGGCUAGCACAAUGAGCUGACUAAAGGUUUGAGUGCAGGAGCUACAGUUCCCCCUUUUUUUCCAAAAGAAAAUAUAGUUUGGGCACUUGAUUUCUAGACAAUAACGGUGAGCCAACAAGCAAUGUGGUCAGCAUUAUGCACGAUUGGGAUUGUUACUCCGAUUUGACUCAAGUACACAUUUACCACAAUCUUCCUUUGUAAUAGAUUAUUCCGAUAAUUACAAAGUCCGCCAUACAUGAUUAGUUCCAUAUGGACGUAGCAUUUAUGCCCUAUUUGGCUCUUUAGAAAUGCAUAUAAUGUGCAAUUAUCAAAGUCUUCAAUUAUCAUUUAUUAGCUGCAUAGAAUUCGGAAAAAUUGUAUGUAUCAUUCGCAUCUAUUUGUUGGGAAAUUGAUAUAAUGCAUUCUUGAGUGAUCUACAUAGUAAUUGACAUCAUCACUAUAUAGCCUUUUGUGUAAUCCCUACUGGUUCUUAAAAUCAUAAGAUGGGACUUUGUUUGGGCUGAACAUUCCAUACUUUUCGAAGUAGUUGUUUAUAUUACGAGAAUUAUCCUAUUUUAAAUUAUUGUUUUAUUGAACUGUUGAUAAAUGUAUUAAUUUUAGUUUCCAUAGAUAGAUAUAUGGUUUGAUUGCCAAAUGAAUACAAUAAGACAAAGUAUAAUUUUCUAUUCUAUUUCCUAGGUUACGAAAAAAUAAGUUUACAGAAUUUAGAACAAUGUUACUUAAUGCUCCCCCAAUAACCUCACAACUGGGUAAAGUUUAAGUGAAAUAUAAAAUUUACAAAAAAUUUAUAUGAUCAAAAUAUUCAUAUAUAUAUAGUGUGUAAACAAAUGUUUGUAUCAUAAAAUUUGAAUAUGAACAAAUUGGGAUAUUCAACACGGAACGAUAUUAUAAUAAUAGAAGAGUUAUCUAUUUUAUAUAUAUUUUUUGUUGUAACAUUAUUUGAAGUGGAAACUUUUACAGGUUGCAAAAUAAAUAAUAAACACGAAUCGAGAAAA